AUGGGAGCGCAUCUGCAGCCGCUGGCCCUGCGGCUCCUGGCGCUGACUUUCCCCUUGGUGGCGAAGGGUUUUUCCGACGAAACCUUGGAGAAAGCCGCGAAAUCCGAGGGAUAUUGCAGUCGGAUCCUGCGAGCCCAAGGCACCAGGAGGGAAGGGUACAAUGAAUUCAGCCUCAGGGUGGAGGGCGAUCCAGAAUUUUACAAGCCUGGAAACAGUUACCGGGUGACACUUUCUGCUGCCACCCCUGCUUACUUUCGAGGGUUCACACUGAUCGCCCUCAAGGAAGGAAAAGAAGGUGACAAAGAGGAAGACCAUGCAGGAACUUUCCAGAUCAUAGAUGAAGAAGAAACCCAGUUCAUGAGCAAUUGUCCUGUUGCUGUGACUGAGAGCACACCUCGGAGGAGGACACGCAUUCAGGUGUUUUGGACAGCUCCUCCUACAGGGACAGGCUGUGUGAUUCUAAAAGCCAGUAUUGUGCAGAAGCGCAUCAUUUAUUUUCAAGACGAGGGUUCUCUCACCAAAAAAAUUUGUGAACAAGACUCAGCCUCGGAAGGUGUGACUGACAAACCAAUUUUAGAUUGUUGUGCCUGUGGAACUGCCAAAUACAGGCUGACUUUUUAUGGAAACUGGUCAGAAAAGACACAUCCCAAAGACUUUCCACGCCGCACCAACCACUGGUCCGCGAUCAUCGGUAGUUCCCAUUCGAAGAACUACAUCCUUUGGGAGUAUGGAGGAUAUGCCAGUGAAGGUGUCAAACAAGUCGCAGAGUUGGGGUCCCCAGUAAAGAUGGAAGAAGAGAUUCGACAGCAAAGCGAUGAGGUUUUAACCGUCAUCAAAGCCAAAGCGCAGUGGCCAGCCUGGCAACCUCUGAAUGUGAGAGCUGCUCCCUCUGCUGAGUUCUCUGUCGAUCGCCACCGGCACCUGAUGUCCUUCCUCACCAUGCUCGGCCCCAGCCCCGACUGGAAUGUGGGGCUCUCUGCCGAAGAUCUCUGCACCAAGGACUGUGGUUGGGUCCAGAAAGUCGUUCAGGAUUUAAUCCCGUGGGAUGCUGGCACGGACAGUGGCGUUACCUAUGAGUCUCCUAACAAACCUACAGUGCCUCAGGAGAAGAUAAGACCACUUACAAGCUUAGAUCAUCCCCAAAGUCCAUUUUAUGAUCCAGAAGGAGGAUCUAUCAAGCUGGUAGCCAGAGUUGUCAUUGAGAGAAUUGCACGUAAGGGGGAGCAAUGCAAUAUCGUUCCUGAUAACAUAGAUGAUAUUGUGGCAGAUCUGGCACCGGAGGAAAAAGAAGAAGAUGAUACCCCUGAGACCUGCAUAUAUUCAAACUGGUCGCCAUGGUCAGCCUGCAGCUCUUCUACCUGUGAAAAGGGGAAGAGGAUGAGGCAGAGAAUGCUUAAAGCUCAGCUGGACCUCAGUGUGCCCUGCCCAGAUACCCAAGAUUUUCAACCAUGCAUGGGUCCAGGCUGCAGUGAUGAAGAUGGUUCCACUUGCAUGAUGUCUGACUGGAUUACAUGGUCCCCCUGUAGUGUUUCCUGUGGAAUGGGAACCAGAUCUAGGGAGAGAUAUGUAAAACAGUUCCCUGAGGAUGGCUCCAUGUGCAAAGUGCCUACAGAAGAGACUGAGAAGUGUAUUGUAAAUGAGGAGUGCUCUCCCAGCAGCUGCCUCGUCACUGAAUGGGGUGAGUGGGAUGAAUGCAGUGCUAGCUGUGGCACAGGGAUGAAGAGAAGGCACAGAAUGAUCAAGAUGACUCCUGCUGAUGGAUCCAUGUGCAAGGCAGAAACUACAGAGGCAGAGAAGUGCAUGAUGCCUGAAUGCCAUACCAUCCCCUGUCUACUCUCUCCUUGGUCUGAGUGGAGUGACUGCAGUGUAACCUGUGGGAAGGGAAUGAGAACCCGGCAAAGGAUGCUGAAAUCUGCUGCUGAGCUUGGAGACUGCAACGAGGAGCUGGAACAAGCAGAAAAGUGCAUGCUGCCUGAAUGCCCCAUCGACUGUGAACUAACGGAGUGGUCCCAGUGGUCCGAAUGCAACACCUCGUGUGGGAAGGGCCACAUGAUCAGGACAAGGAUGAUUAAAAUCGAGCCCCAGUUUGGAGGAACAGCGUGCCCAGAAACUGUCCAACGUUCGAAAUGUCGAGUGAGGAAAUGCCUGCGAGGCCCGGGGAUGGAAAAGAGGCGCUGGAAAGAGGCCCGGGAGAAAAGGAGAAGCGAGCAAGCAAAAAAGAAUAUAGAUAGUGAGCAAUAUCCAGUUUGUAGGCUGAAACCAUGGACUGCUUGGACAGAAUGUUCUACACUCUGUGGAGGUGGAAUUCAGGAACGCUACAUGAUGGUGAAGAAGAGGUCCAAAAGUACUCACUUUACUAGUUGCAAAGACAAAAAGGAGCUAAGAGCAUGUAAUGUUCAUCCUUGUUAACAAAACACAAGGUUCCAAGUGAUGCACUCUGAGCUAAAUGGAAAGUCAACCUUGGUUUGGUUUUUAAAACAACAACAGCAAAAAUAUAAAGUGUAUAUUAGUUUUCAUUUUUGCAGUGUGGUUUGCUUUUUAGUCUUGCUGGUGCAAGAAAAAUAUUUUAUAGAUGUUUCCUCACAGAUUUAUGCUGAGAGUAAAUCUUUGGUACUCCAGCCAGCCCUUAAUGCAUAAAAAUAGUAAGUCAUCAUGAGUUAUUUAACUAAAAUACAGACAUAUCUGUGGACAUGGAAUAGCCAUAUAGAAAUACUACUUGUAAAGACAUGGGAUGCAUGCAUAUUAACACAAGUGACAUGUUUCAUAUGAGGGAGGAUUUCUCUCUUGAUUUGAUCUGAUUUUAAAAAUCCAAAGCAGUGCCUACAUAAUUACACAACUAUGCCAAGGAGUAAUUUCAGUAAUGCUGGUUCAAUAAUAUUAAAGGUGCAUGUUUAUCUUUUUACACUAUUGGGUUAAGCUGAUAGUUAUAAUAAUAAUAAUAAUAAUCCUAAAUACUUUUCUUCACAUGGAUGCUGUGGUCCAUGCAAAAUGGUCUUUGUUUCAUUAAAACUUAAAAAGAAAAUAAUUUGUAUCAAUAAUGAUGUCUGACCACUACACACUCAAGUCAAAACAGCACACAAAGAAAACAUGUGAAUGUCAUAAUAUAUUUAGGUUCCAUACUCCUAUUUUGGAUCUAUCCACUGCCUCUCAGAAUAGAUACAACACUAAUAGAAAUUGGUCGAGAGAGUUGCAACAGCUGUGUCACAUAAAGUUUUCCACAUGAGAGACACUAAAAAACUAGAUUCAGUUUCACGAGGAUGUUAAUCACAGAUGAAGAGGGAAAUAGGUUUAUAACAUAACAAAAAUGGUAGAGAAAAGGUGAACCAGGUUCUCAUGUAUCCCUUAUAAAAAACAAAGGGAAGGGAUCCUCUGAAAUGAAACAAUGACAGUCUCUUAAAGAGGUAAUUACAGGUUGACACGGGAAUACAUUUACAGCACUGUCAUUUAUGUUUGGUUUUUUACUCAGAGUAUAGAAUAAUCUAAAAAUUACUAAAUUUGUGAAGGUUGGCCAUUUGUAGAUAUACUAGCCAGGUUAAAUUCCCUCCCUGACCACUUGAGAGAUCAACAAACCACCUGAGAUUAGAAAGUAGCUCCUCACCUUUCUAAUUGCUAUUUUAUAUCCUCUCCUGCAGAAUUUAGGUCUCAUCUCUAUGUGUAAUCAGCAAGACCCUUGGGCUUCACUUGUUAUUGGAAUACAAUAUUGUCCUGUAGGUUUAACAAGAUAACAUUAAAGAUAAGAGGUUGUUGUCUUUUGGUCCAGGAAAGGCAGCAUACACCUAUGUCUCUACAGAAGUAAUAACAAUGCACUGAAAAUAAAGACUGUUGAUGCUGACUCUUAAAACAAGCUUGAGAGAAAUGAAUGGAGCAAAAUUUAUUUUAUGGUGUCUUUAAAGCAGCCUUAAGUAAUUUACUCACUUCCUUAACACUAGGGCAGAACCCUGAGAACCUGACACCUGGGUUUUAAGUGUUCCCACACUUGUGUGCACCACAACCCACUGAGGAUGUUCAGCUUCACUACCAGUACCCUGGGGAUCCCCUCAUUACCCCCCUGUACCUGAACAGGGUGCACCCAGACGGGCUGGUUGCACUAUAUCAUAGGGCUUUUCAUCAUCCUUUCUCCACUGAACGCUGCAAGGGCUGCUCAGUACUUCCACAGCUGCUGCAUCCCACCCCCUCAAGGUAUUGUACUGCUUUUUUGCA